UUGUGGGGAAUGUAGUUUGGAGACCCCGCCCUGCUCGCCAUUCCUGUAAUGGCUGCCUCCUGGAAGGUAAGGCGCUGUCACGUGGAACCUCUUAGGCUCAGCAUCCGGAGCUCCAGGAAGGGAGUCGGAUAGAAUUAUACAAAUACCGCUUUCUUUGAAACCUUCAGCCUUCAAGAUCCAGCCACCUCAAGAGCUCAACACCAUGAUCUCAGUUUCAACGCAAUCGUUCUUAGUCCUCUUUUCAUUGCUUUUGGUGCUGCCUGUUGUUGAAGCAGUAGAAGCUGGAGAUGCAGUUGCUCUCUUGUUAGGUGUAGUUCUCAGCAUUACAGGCAUUUGUGCUUGUUUAGGAGUAUAUGCACGAAAGAGAAAUGGACAAAUGUGACUUUGAAGGGCCUCCUGAAUCAAACCUUGCCCUGAAAACUUCCAUGCUAUUGAGGUUCAGAACUGAGCUUUGGUAUCUGAAAGUUCCCAAGAAACAAUACAUAAGGUAGUUUCACAUUCUUGGUUAUUUCCGUAUAAACGGGAACAAAUUGAUAUUCUAUGUAAAAUGGAAAACAAAAUGUUUCCUUCAUAACAAAUAAUGCACUGAAAAAUGCCAUCUGUAAUUUGUAUUUGCUAGUUAGAAGGAGGGCCAAAGAAGUGAGAUGGGUGAAAUUUGCAUAAGUAAUAUUUUGUAGUUUCAGAAUUCUCAGUAGGAAGAAGGAAACUCUUGCCCAGAAUCUUGGGAAAUGGCUACUCUUCAGUUAUAAUCACUGUCUCCAUCUGCUGAGGACUCUUUUAUCCAUUUUUUUAUUGGAUUUUUGUUUUGUUAUCUCUCAAGUUAGUAUUGUACUUAGAUAUCAAAUAUAGCUGGUCAAAAAUUAAAACAUUUCUUUAGGGGUGGAAAGUUUAGAAAAUGUAUUCAAUGUAUGUAACAUUGAAUUGGAGAAAAGAUUUAAUGUAAAAAAGAAAUACUUUAUAUUGACACUGAAAUGAAGAAGAGAUUUAAUGUUAAACAAAAAGCCUUUAUAUUAACUGAAUAAUAUCUCCAUAGUGAGAAGUACUAUAUUAAAUAUAAACCCAUUAUGUUAGUUAA